AAGGGGGAAGCCGGCUGCUGCUCUUCCACAGCCAUCAGAACCAAACUUAGUGUGCAUGCUGGACGGGGUGACAGGAUGGGGACCAUGGUUACCAUCGACAACAGAUCUAAGGCAUCCCAAACACAUUGGAACAUUUUAUAAUUCAGCAUGGAAUAUCCAGACAGAUAGUGUUUUAAAUUUCUCCUUUGAUCCCAGAUCCUCCUGACUUAGUGGUCCCUAAUUUUACAGGUAGGGAUGUGAGGAUGUGACAUUUGGCUGUGUUCUGCCUGAGAUAACAGUGCAGAAAGAGAAUCAGGAAAGCACUGGAGAUCACCACAGGCCACAAAACUGCGGCCCCAGCACAGUCCGCCAGGCUCCCUUAAGAUGGCCUGGGCCCAGCCACAGGUGGGCCCCAGGACAGGCAGCAGUAAUGAACUGGUGUAGUAAUCAAUCAGUAGUGUAGUAAUCAGUCAGUGUAGUAAUUAGCAGUGUAGGCUGAGGCACAUUGCAGGCAUCUGGGACUGCUACCAAGGCAGGUCCACUUCCGGUCUCUUGGAUGCAUGUGUCUGUGCGGGCCUCCUUGCUUACUCCCUUGUCUUGUCCUAAGUGCACAUGCUGUGUUAUGUAAAAGUGGGCUUGCUGAUGGUGUGGGAAGCCUCUUUGCUGGGCUGGGGCUCAGGGCAGCCGGCCAGCUUUCUGGAGCCGUCUGACUCUUUCUAGCAACCCCUCCUGCCAAGCACCGAGCCAAGAUGGGCGACAUCGUGGUGGUGGCUCAGGGCUCGCAGGCCUCGCGGAACGUCAGCAACGAUCCGGACGUCAUCAAGCUGCAAGAGAUCCCAGCUUUCCAGCCCCUUCUGAAAGGGCUCCUGAGCGGCCAGACCUCACCGAGCAACGCCCGUCUGGAGAAGCUGGACGCGCAGCAGGUGCUGCAGCUGUGCCUGCGGUACCAGGACCACCUGCACCAGUGCGCCGAAGCCGUGGCCUUCGACCAGAACGCCCUGGUCAAGCGGAUCAAGGAGAUGGACCUGUCGGUGGGCGCCCUGUUCGGCUCCAUGCAGGAGCGGCAGAAGCGCUUUGCCAGGUACGCCGAGCAGAUUCAGAAGGUGCAGGAGAUGUCGGCCAUCCUGCGGCGCGUGCAGCUGGGCAUCGACCAGACCCUGCCGCUCAUGGAGCGGCUCAACAGCCUACUGCCCGAGAGCGAGCGGCUGGAGCCCUUCAGCAUGAAGCCCGAGCGCCUCUAGAGCAGCCCCUCCGGCCUCUCCCCUUCCUCUGCCUGGCCAGGUGGAGGCCGGCAGGGGCACUGGGGCAGAGGUGGGGGGAGAGCAGCUGGGUCUUGGCCACCAAGGCAGCCUCCCCUCCCCCGCCCUCGUGGACGGCGCCAUGCCAAAGUGGGGCCCCUCAGCGUGGCUGGGGUUGGGACAUUGGGAUUGUUAGGAAUUCCUCAAAGAACCCCACAGUGUUGUUUUCAUUUCACGUUUAAAGCAAACCAAACGUUCACCGUGUAGGGACAAAAAUGGACAUGUGGAAGGAGGAGGCGUGAGAAAGCU